AUGCUCUCCAAGCUACUGACGACGGUCUUGCUUCUGGCUACCCAAGCCUACGCAGCAGAUGUAUCCAAGCUCUUCCACUACGAACUGGGACUCAACGGAACUGCCCACCAAGCAGAAUUCCAGUCUCGCACCCACGCCGGAUACAGACUUACCUACGUCAACGGGUACUACUCUCCGGAACACAACCAGACUCUCUUCUCCAGCAUCUGGGAGAAAACAGGCACUACCUCCCCCGCUCCCUGGAUCAGUCGACACGGCGUCACAGCUACCCAGUACAACGAUCUCUCCACCGAGCUCUGCAGCAAGAAAUACCAUCCCGUCGUCCUCAACGGGUAUAACCUCCCAAACGGCAAAAGACGCUUCGUCACAAUCUGGGAGCAAUCUCCCAUCGGGGUCUGGAAACAGGCUGUGGAUCUGUCCAUUGACCAGCUCAAGGAAAAGGUUGCCAGCCUGGCUCCCCUACGUCUCACCUCGCUCAGUGGCUACACGAUCAACAAUGAACUGCGCUAUUCGGCCACGUGGGGGGAGCGCACGUCCUCGGACUGGAAGGGGGAGUGGCUCUACUAUGCUAAUCAGACGGGUGUCGUGCAGGCGUAUCCUGACGAAUGGAAGCCCACGUAUCUUCAUGCGCAUUCAGUGAAUGGGGAGCCUGUGUAUGAUUCGGUUUGGGAGAGGUAUACGGGCCGGGGAUAUGGUGCUCAGCUUUGGUACUAUGAGGAUAAUGUCACUGCGGAGGGAUACAAGGCGUUUUUCAACAGCAUGACCAAGCAGGGAUAUAAGCCUAGGAUGUUGACUGGGCAUUAUUCGAAGGAGUGUGGUCUGCGAUAUGUUAGUGUCUUUUAUUGA